CCGAUUGCUGUCAAUAGUGUGACAGUUUCCAGUAUUUUUGUUCCCUAUCGAUCUCACUAUCGAUCGACCGCUAUUAUCGUAGCGCCCCCAUCCCGAUUUUCACUAAGCACGUGGAUUUCGUAGUUGCAGCUCAAUGGAGCUCCUUGAAUAUGACAUGAUGCCCCUUGAUGCUCCAGGGUUGCCUGCCCUGGACACGGGCACCCUGGAGGCCCUUCCGCAAGGAUCCCGGAUGAACGCCCCUACAUGCUCCGGGCGGCUGCCCCUGGCCCUCAAGCGCCCUGGAGGCCUCCUUCUUCGUCCGUUCUUCUUCGUGCGUCCGUUCGCUGGCCCGCGUGCCUGUUGGAUGCUGCGGAUGACUCCUUUUUUUUUUUAUAGCAUUGAACUGCAGUUGCAAAACAGUUCACACGGGCACCUGCAAUUCCUACUAAAUAUUAGCCACAACAGGAAAUGGCCAAGCAGUUCACACGGGCACAUGCAAUUCUUACGAAAUAUUGACAACAACAGGAAAUAGCCAAAUUUAUUAAGAAGUCAUCAGCAGAACUGCAAUUAACCAAUUACAGCAGACUGCACAACUGACAAAAUGUUGUCAAACUUUGAUUCGUCGCUGCACCAGCGCUGCCACCAUCGCUGC